UUUUCAAUCAAGUCACCACUGCCAGUGGUCCUACAUGAUAGAUGCGGACUUGCCAGUGAGACGUGAAUAAUUCCUUUCUUUUUGUGGCGUCUCAUUUCAACUUCCGCCCGGUCAGUGGUUUGCACAGUUUCGUCGCUUUUCAGUUUCCGAGUGCUUCAAGUUUACCAGAAGAAAACCCGUCACGGCCAACUUGUUCGAACCUCUGCAACUUCAAGUUAAAGUAAACCAGACGAAGCCACAAACCUACCGUACCGCCGCAUUACCCUUUUGUUGAGUUCGAAGUUCCUUUCUACAGUAUCUCUUCUCAUCUCACGCCGCUGCGCCGAUACUACGACAAUGCCGUCCCUCGCCUCAUCGCUACCCUUCUCCCCCGCCGAACUCGCCUAUCUACACAGCUCGCUCGCGUCCGUGCCGCCAUUAAGACCCGAUGCACGAUCAUCAGGCACAGAUUUCCGGCCCUUACACGCCGAGACAGGCGUCCUUCCCGCGGUCAACGGUAGCGCACACGUGGGCUUCAGCGAUGGACGCGAGGCCAUAGUCGGGGUGAAACUCGAGGUUGAAAAGACGAAGACGACGACGAACAAACAGCGACAACAAGUUGUGGACGAUACGGAGAUGACAGAUACAGGCGCAGCAGCAACGCAGAACAACCCCAGAAGUUCGAGUAAACCGGAAUGGAUCAGUCUCACACUCACAGUGCCGGGCGUACGAGAUGACGAUUCCAGCCUGGCGUUCCUGGAAGAAAUGUUACGGGAGCCGUUGGUGACUGCUUUGACAGAGUCGGAUUCUGCUGGUACUGGGACAAAUUCGGUGCAGGAUAAAUUGGUCAUCAAUUCACGGUGGCAUUGGCACGUCUACAUUGACGUUUUGCUAAUUUCGCCAAACGGUCUCGCUAGUUAUCCGCUCCCAUUGCUGAGCAUGGCGACGCAUCUUGCCCUGCGAGACACGCGGGUGCCUAAACUCAAGAGUGAAGGCGAGGAAGAUCCUGUUGCCGAUGACGAUUGGAUGGCCAGUACGUAUCUGUACCCUAGAAAGAGCACUGGCACGAAUGCAGGCGGGAGUGCUGGUGCUACUGUUAGUCGGCCACCGGUUAUUCUGUUGGUCGUCGUGGUGGGCGAAAAUGCCAUUUUCGACCCGAGCAGAGAGGAGUUGGCGGUUGCUGAUGGCCUGGUUGCUGUGAGUGUGGCUACUUCUAGUAGUAGUAGCGGUGGGGGAGAAAGGCAAGAAGAAGAGAAUUACAGAGUUCUGGCUGUGCGGAUGAUCGAUACCCCCGCAAGAGAUACCAUGAAAGGAGUGCCUAGGUCUGGUGAGGCUCAAGAGGGUGUCGACGUUCCCGGCGUCUGGAGGCCCAGGGUGGGCGGGAUCAAGAGAAGUCUGUUGAAAGCUGUUAUUAAGGCCGUUGUUGUUGAUGGGGUCGCGAGGGAUGUCAUGACGGGGUUGGAUGGGUUUUUGAACCUCGAAGAAGCUGGUGUUGCAAAGGCAACUGCUGGUGCUGUCUGACGAAAGCGAGUGUUCUCAAGGAGAUGGCAAGAUAUGGCCGGUGAGUCUGCGGGUGUUAGAGCACAGGAUGGGUUCGAGAGCAUGCCAUUCCCGGCUUUACUCGUGUGCUACGCUACGCCUCUCAGGCCUUUUCACCAGAAAUGGGAUUCUUGUUCUCGGGAGUUGUCUCGACACAACCAUCUAUUGAGCCGGUUUGGAAAUAUCAAGUCGCGGCAGCAAAAAGAACAAUAUCCCCUCACGACGGAUGCUUCAUGAAGAGAGAUCGUUUGUUUCGAAAAUGCGAUCGCUGAGACGAAACUCACUGAAAGUUUAACAAGCACCUCACCAUGCAUGCAAGGGUGGAAAUGGACAUUUGUAUUCCCCACGGCUUUAUGGAGAAGAGAAGCCCGAAGCAGCACUGCAAAGCUUAACGCCGUCCAAGUGCGGCUGGACUUUGACAACAAUCAUCCAGACACGACAAAGAAAAGAAACCAAGAGGAAAGGCGUUGAGGUGCCAAAGCUUAACUGGGCUCGACCUCGACCUCGACCUCGACCUCUAAGAGAGGCCGGCCUGGCUCCCCCGUCGUCAUCAUCAUGACCACGACCUGUCCAUGCAUUGGCCUUGCGAAGGGGCCAAAGAAGGUAGCAAGACAAGAAUCAAGAAUGAGACGGGGGGGUUCAGUCUCGCUCUACAUGCAACAUUCCAGUGGGUCGGUUAAGCGUCGCUCCGUCUUCACUACAAGGGAUGACUGGGGAGAGGCUCAGUUUCGCAGUGGAAUCAGUCCUUCUCAUGUGUUACUACCGUGGUAUUAUCAAUGGCUGUGGGGCUCAUACUUUUUGGCCCAGAGACCGUAACUGUCUGCUGUACAACGGGCACCGCGAACAGAAACGGUGAAUGUUCAGAGGAUAGCAGUGGCAGUGACAGUGACAGUGGCAGCGGCAUGAUUAAAGGGAGGCUAGGGAGGCUAUUCCACCUUCAAUACUGUUAGCACUACUAUUCAAGAUGCCAAUUAACAUUGGAUUUAAAACAAGGUUUGACUCAUUCAU